GUCACGAUAUCGUUACACGUGUGUUUAAACAAAAGUUAAAAUCUUUAAUUAAUUUAAUCGUAAAAUAUUCAGUUUUUGGUAACACACGUUGCUGGCUGUAUUCUAUUGAGUGGCAAAAGCGAGGUUUGCCUCAUUCUCAUAUUUUGGUUUGGCUUGAAGUUAAUCGCGCCGUCUCGAUAAAAACGAUUUUAUGGACAAGUGUUGAGACACUUCGACUGACUAUGAAUAUGCGAGUACAAUUGCAAAAUGAUCCAACAGCACAAGUAUUUUCUAAACAAUUGCUGGAUAUUGGAAAUGGUGAAAUUGAGUUGCAUCAAAAUACACAAUACAUAAAAUUACCAGAUAUUUUCUGCACUGUUGUUGAAACGAGAAAUGAACUAAUUGAGAGUGUCUUUCCGGAUAUAUUGAAUUAUUAUUUAGAUCACAAUUGGCUCUGUAAUCGUGCUAUUUUGGCAGCAAGAAAUGUUGAUGUGAACGAAAUUAACUUCCAUAUACAACAGAUUUUGCCCGGUGAUUUGAUGUCUUUUAAAUCAAUCGACACAGUUAUUGAUGAAAACGAAAUCGUAAACUUUCCAACUGAAUUUUUGAAUUCUCUGGAUUUGCCAGGAAUGCCACCACACAACCUUCAAUUGAAAAUUGGUUCACCAAUUAUUCUUCUACGUAAUUUAAAUCCACCUCAAUUAUGUAACGGUACACGUUUAGUCAUAAAAAAAUGACCGAAAAUAUUCUUGAAGCAACAAUUUUGUCGGGAAUAUUUAAAGGAGAUAUCGUCCUGUUGCCACGUAUUCCACUGAUAGCGUCGGAAUCUUCAAUACCGUUUAAAAGGCUCCAAUUUCCGAUUUGUUUAGCUUUUGCGAUGACUAUAAAUAAAUCUCAAGGCCAAACAAUGUCUAUUUGCGGUUUGGAUUUGGAAAACACAUGUUUCUCACAUGGACAGCUAUAUGUUGCCUGCUCACGUGUAGGAAAACCAUCAAAUCUCUUCGUGUUAGCGAAAGACAGGUUAACCAGGAAUGUUGUACACAAAGUAGUACUUAGAUAAUUUUUAGUUUUAAUAAUUUAAUUUAUUUUUGUAUGUUUUUAAUGUAUAUAGUAUUUUUUGUA